AAAACUCAUAUCAGCCAUGUGUUUCAGAUGCAAAUUGAUCGAAUCUAGCUAUGGAUCAGAAUUACAUACAACUUCUAGCCGCAGCUGCUGCUAUGCCGCCGCUCGGAUCACCGAACCUAACAGCUGCGGCGGCGACUUCGCCGCUCACCGGACAGCAGGCAUUUGCCUUCAAUCCGACGGCUCUACUACAAAAUCAAUGGUUACAACAGCAAUAUAUACAACGACUUGCUUUACAACAAUACUUAGAGAAUCUAAGAACUUCCACAACUGCUGCUACCGUACCAUCAUUGGGUAUGAUUGCACCGAUCAGUCUAUCACUGCCUACAGAAACGUCCAAGACUGAUGAAAAUUUCAUUAACACUUCCAUAGGAAUUACGCCUACUACAACCAUAUCAUCAUCCUACAUUCCUUCUUCCGUCGAUCUCAGCGGUCUUGUCGCUCCAAUACCGAAACGGCCGCGUCUAGUGCUGCCAACAAUUAGCGAAGAAGAACGUCGACGUCUUCUCGAACAACAACAGCAGCCCCGGGUAGCCUCGGAACCCCAUCAUCCGAAAAUCAAAGAAGAACCGCCAUGUGCAAGUGCAUGUGCACUGCCGACCACGUCCGUUGCCAGUACAUUGUGCACUACGUCUCCUGUCAUCGCUGACACACCAGCGCCAGAAGUACGAUGUUCUCCGAGCACAUCAGUGGAGACCUCGUCCAAUUCGAAAGAAGAUGAAGAACCAGAGCUUUUUGUCGACAUCGAAUCUGUUGACAAUCGCCCAGAGGGCCGAGAUCGCCGCCGAGCAUACAUCGACUUUUACCGUAAGGUGAAGAGCGCCCGACAGAGGGAACCCGGCCCAUUGCUGAAUUGUGCACUUUGUGACAAUCAAGUGCUGAGCAAUGACAAUGCUAUUCAUACGCAUGUCAAUCAACAUGCUGAGGCUGGAGGAUUCUUUUGUAAACUGUGCGGAGCUACUGAGACGGACAAAUACAGGAUCUAUGAGCAUAUGCGCAUGAAACAUCCUCAUAACCUCGAGCUGUUUGAAGAUCGUCGAGACAUCGUUAAGCUUUGUGCAGUCAUCCAAGAAUGCUUUCCACGGGUGUGCCCUCGCGCCAAGAAAGACAUGGCUAAGGAUUUCGACAGUCUACUGAAGCUUAUCUGCGAUAAGAAGCUGAAUGAAGUAAAAUGUGAGAAAUGUGAUGCGAAUGUGAAAGCGACCAAAGCGGCAAUGAUGAAGCAUGCGCAUACUCAUCCAGUUUACAGGUGCAAAGCGUGCAAAUACACCUCGGACAGCGUCAAAGCACAAGAAGAGCAUCAAGUCAGCUUACAUACAGUACUGGAUCCAAAAAACAUGGUCGAUUACAAUGUAUGCGGAGCGGCAGAUGUUCUAGCACGAACCGUACAACGAUGUUUUGCGCACAUUCUCAAACCAUCUGCAGCAGCAGCAGCGAAAGCUUCUGCAGCAAUUUCAUGAAUGUUCGGGGGGAUUUUCCGCUUGCUGUGAGAGGUAUGCAUAGAUUCGUGGCAGCGAUGGAAAAAAGGUGGUGAUUAGUAAAUGUCGUGGCCAACUCCGCCCUAAGCCACGCCCCUUUGACACACCACGCCCCCUUUCGUUUCGCUUUCCGCAAAGUUUUUAUAGGCUUUCGCUUUGCGCGAGGGCUUCAAGAGGCCGUUGGCAGUGACGGAAAUGACAUUUGAAAGGAAGAAGUGGCGCGGCUAACUCCGCCCCUAACCACACCCUUUUGGCACGUCACAUCCUUUUUCCUCUUGCCUUCUGCAAGAUUACUUAGUUUCUUGGCAAUAACGCAAACAAAUAGCGGCGGCCAAUGUCACUCCGCCCUUUUUCACACCACACCCCUUUUGCCUCGCGACACGCCCACUUCACCAUCCCUUCCCUUUUCUACGACUGUCACCGCCUCUUAGAUGAUAGCACAGUUGUCGUAGUUUGAAAUAUGGAGAUAGUGUAGCAUUUAUUGUAGAACUAAAUUUCGGAUUUUACAAAAAAAUUCUGAACCGCUAGUUUUGCUCAAAAAAAUUGUUCUUCUUGUCGAAUAAGCUAUAAGAAUAACUACGGGCUAAGCAUACGGGUCAAACCAUUGCAAUGUGUUCCAUUCACCAAACUUUUCCAUAUGAUAAACUAUUUUUCACUCAAGAAUGCUGCAAUUUCUCCAAGAUUUUCUUCGCCAUUAUCGAUUUAUUGAUUUGUUCUCUUAUUAGAGCUCAUUUUGUAUUUUGUUACCGUAAAUGGGUUCACAUUGAACGGCUUUCCAUCGUGAAACGGGGACCGUUCUCAGCGAUACUUGGUCUAUUCCAGGUUUUACACUCAUUUUAUGUUGUAAUUGUCGAUUAUUGAUUGAUACGAAUGGGUCCAAGCCCAUUUCAAAUGCUUUCGUGGCUUUAUGAGCCACCGAACUCGAUGAUCUUGAAUAUUUUCCUGAAUGCUUUUGUCAUGACUUUGUCACGCCUCUGGGUUUUUAUCUAUUGUUCAGCGAUAUUUUUUUUCUUAUAAAAUUGCAGAUUGAGAUUUGUCUGAUA